AUGUACCUGGACGCCCCCACCACCUUCGGAAAACGACAAAAGCAGUCAAUGAUGGCGACGUCUGACUGCUUAAAGGAGAGUCGCCGAUUAUUUGUCACCGAAAGCGCAACCAAGCGCCGUUUUUUAAUAGACACAGGCUCCGACCUCUCCUGUUAUCCAUAUCAGUGGUUAGCAAAUAAGCCGAUACGUUCAAACUAUACGUUAGCGGCUGCCAACGGUAGUGAGAUACGCACUUUUGGUCACAUAGAAAUGGCGCUUAAUUUAGGGCUACGCCAAACAUUUCAAUGGCGAUUUAUUAUAGCUGACGUCAACACCGCUAUCAUCGGCUCCGAUUUUCUGGCGCACUAUCGGUUGUUGCCAGAUUGUGCCAGUAAGAGACUCGUCGAUAGCAUUACCGGGUUGUCAUAUGUUGCUGCCGUCGCUGUUUUAGACCAGACCAGCGUCAAAGUUGUCUGCGCUCCGCCAUCCCAAUUUAGUGCACUUCUUGCGGAAUUUCCGUUGAUUACCAAACCACCAGGACUUAUUCGUGACCCGAAGCAUAACACAGUUCAUUAUAUUCUAACCACUGAGGGCGCCCCAGUCUCUUGUCGUCCUAGACGUCUGGCACCUCAAAAACUUCAAGAGGCCAAAAAGGUUUUUGAUGAUAUGGUACAGUGCGGGACAGCCAGACCUUCGAAAAGUUCGUGGUCUUCUCCAUUUCAUAUGGUCCCUAAGCGCGACGGCACCUGGCGACCCUGCGGCGAUUAUCGUGCGUUGAAUUCACGUACCAUACCCGACAGGUACCCAGUUCGCUUUUGA